AUGAAUGAGCCUGCAACAUCGUCUCCCAGUGAGCUCGCGCUGAGAAAAUCUUUUGGGCAAGCUUUGCAGAGGAUGUUUCCUUCCCUGUCCCGCGAUUGCUCAAUGAGUUUGCUGAAGAGCAAGAGGACGUUCUCAGAGCUUCUUUCCUUCUUCCUACAGCUGCGAGACAAGUGCCUUCAAGACCUAGAGAAGCUGAUAGAGUUUCAUUCCUACGAGCUGAAUGACAUCGAGCUGGCGCUGAGCGACGGGGAGUUUGACAUCGAGAUGAUAUCGCAUUGGGUCUUUGACCCUCGUGAUCUCUUGUGGAGUGAAUAUGUGCGAGAGAGAGGAGGGAGACCGAUGCUGGACGACCGAGCGACGGGGAUAGCAUGGAUGGACAACCUCAUCGCAGAUCUGAAGAAGCAUGCCGAAGAUUGCGAACUCCUGGAGGUGACGGAGUUGGAUCAGUGCAUGGAACGGUACCGGCAAGAGAUCCGCGAUAUCCAUGCUCCUGGUCCUGAGCAAUCGGCACUUGUCAGAGAUCUCCUCACCACCAUGUCCAUCUGCAAGAGCAACCUGAGCAAGAAGAUUCAGUUUGCGCUCAGGCUGUGGAAACAGGUUCAGUCGGGCGAAGACGUGCUCACGCUCUACGAGCUGCGACAAGAGGAUGUGGACGUGAACAGCUACGUACAAAACGAGUACAGGAAGAGACUGAAGCUCCAGGACCCCAUGGCGCAUGCCUUCAACAACGAUGGAGGGACCCCCCAGCCUCAGCGGGGUGCGACUCGGAGCCGAGGAGGCAAGCCGGUGCUCAUCGAUGGUGCGCUGACGCUAACGCGCAUGCUGGACUCGCUGCAUCUGUUUCCGUCUCCUCUUGGCUUUUGUUUCCAAGUGUUUGUUCUCGAGAUCGACGAGCAGGACUACAAGAGCCGGACCAGCAUCAGGUCGCAAGACUGCUUGUUCGUCGACCCCUUCUGUGUAGAACAAAGCGUGAGGAAGUACAAGGUAUCAGGCGAGAAGAUCAUAGGGGUUUUCAUUCGGAAUAUUCAUCCCUCCGGCCAAGAAAUUCAGAUCUACUGUAACGAUGACGAACAAGAUUGCAGAGUCAGAUGCCCUGCAGAGACUUAUUUCUCCAAGCUCGGAGAAGGAGAUGCGCUGGAUUGCUGGAGGGCUACCGACAAAGACAAGAGAGUUCUACUCACUGUGGAGUUGCAUCUCAAGGAAGGGACAUGA